AAAAUUAUUUGGAAUGAUUAAAAAUUAAAUUCAAUAAUUAUCAGUAAAAGUUUAAAAAGAGUCUAUUUAAAGGAGACAUCAAAGCAAAUCUACCACAGUAUUUUCGAUCCAAUAGACAGGGAACAUUAGCUACAAAUUGGUCAUCGUCCUAUAAAUUAUAUACAUUUUACAGGCUUGAGAGGUAUUGAGGGAAGUAAAUUAUAUACAUCAUUAAACACCAUUUAAAUAAGUUGGUACGAGUUAGCAGUGGUACGAGUUUGCAUUGGUACGAGUUUUUGUAAAGUGGUACGAGUUGACGUUGGUACCAGUUUACAAUGGUACGGGAUAACUAUAAUUCGAUACAGACAGAAGUUCUGUUUCAUAUUUGAAGAUGAUGCCUUUAAAAUCAGUAUGGAAAACACUAGUAUCAAAUGAUCAGAGCAAACCUCCUACCAGAAAUGAGAAGUCAAUGGUUGCUGAUUCAUUGAUGUCAGAACUUGAUUACAAUAUAAAGGAACUGGAGAAAGUCAGAAUUGACAAAGAACAAGAAGAAACAAGAAAAAAGACUGGUGUAGACUAUAGUUGGUUGAUUACUACUCCUCCAAAAGGGUAUACGAUUCCCCAAUUACAACGUUUAGAACUGGAGGAGUUAUUUUAUCAAGUAAAACCAGAGGAAUGUGGGAGCAUUUUAGCUUUGUUUAGAGAUUCACUUUUAAAUGAACCCCAGUCAUCUGAACUUCCGUCCAUAUUUAGAGCUUGUGUCCAACAAAUUCUACAACAAAGGCCUAAAGAACAGUCACUGACAGAAUGGGUCACACAGAGAACUAUGAGUUUAACAAGUUUAAAAGGUCGUCAUUCAGCUCAAGUGGUGCCAUCUGGUGAUGCUACAUGUAGAGAUCCAGAGGAUGUUCAAGAUAUACCAUUAUCAGAAAAUAGUCAAAAUACACAAAAUAAUGGAAUAAUCCAAGUUGUUCCAAUGUUUUCACACGAUGUAGAAAGUUUGCCAGUUUAGAAUACAGUUUAAGAAAUGUUUAUUAGUAGUUAUUGUUCAUGUUGUUUACAUGUAUUUAUUGUUGUCUCAUUUUCCUUAAUGUUUUUGGAUAUUAUAGUUUAUUGAUUGAUGUUUAUAUAUAUACAUGUACAAAGUAUCUCUAGUCACUGUAACUGUAAGUGUUUUUUCUUUGGGCAUUUUAAUUACAAUGUAGUGUCUGUGAUAUAAUUUUACAUUGAUCAAUUGUGAAAAGGUAUAAUAAAAAUGCAGAACGCCAAGGAAUAUUCAAAAAGGAAAAGUGUAUAAAAAGUUAUGAAAUAAAACGCUAUCAACUAAUCAAACAAGUGGAAACAACUUGCACAUUCCUGAGAAAAAAUAUCUUUAGGUCUCCACAUUUAAGACAGACAGAUAAUGCUGAUUGCCCAGGUCCAAGGAUAAGAGGAAGUCAUAUUUGUCUAAACAAAAUCUGUGCUAAACCUACAAAUCAGAUUAUAAAAAUUAAAACUUGGCACACUUUGUAGUUGGGCAAUUAAGCAACCAAAUUUUGGAGUGAAUGUUAAAUCGUGACUUGUCUUGUCAUAACAACAAAUUCUAAUGCUACAAUGUAUUUUUUUUAAUACUGCAUUACCAAAAUGAGUAUCCUAUAAGAAUGAUUAGAAAAUUAACUGGAUGGUACAUGUGGAUGAUACGGUAACAAUAUAAGAAGUUCCUGAAUGAAAAUAUCCUGCCAUUUAUUUUAUCAUGCCAUUUAAUUUUUUGGUUAAAAAAAUAAAGAUUUAUUUUGCGCAUAAUACAUUUUUUUUUUUUAAAUUUUUUUUUUUAAAGUACAUUCCAUGAGAGCUAGCUAUGUUGUGUUCAUAAUUGUUAUUAUACAUGUAUGUCUAGAUCUGUACAAUCAUAUUUUCCAAGGUCCCUAAUAUUGAUAUAUUCAUGAUACAUGUAUUGCAGGAUACAUCUUCAUUUGUAUUUAUAAGUAGAAUUUAAAUUAAUUGUCAAUUAAUUUAGUUCACAUGUACAUGAUGGAGAUAUUUCAAAAAAUGGCAAUGUUUGAAAUGUUUGUACCUUGAGCUAAGAUCAGAAUAUAUGAAUGUCUUAAUCCAGGGUUAAGAAAUCCAAGUUACAUGUACUUACAUUUAUGCAUUGUAUUUUUUUAACCAGUUAUAGAAAAAUUUUCAUUCAUCAUGUUCAUUAUCAUUUAUUGAUUAUCAUAUAUGCAAAUUUUCCUAACUUCUCAAAUAUAAUGAAAGACACAGACUGUGCCUAUGGUCCCUUAUUUGUUUACAAGUUUUUAUUAUCUCGUGCAUGUGGUCUCUCAGUUUAAAUCAUUGUUGAUGAAUUAUUUAUUUAGCAUGCAUGUUACAAUCAGAACUUUAAGAAAUUACAAUUUAUUUGCAAUAUUAAGACAUUCACAUAUCUUGAAAUUAAGAACAACUUGUUCUUCGAUGAAAAUGAUUUUUUUUCAUCAGCUUUUACAGGGGCAUAUUCAGGGCUGUAGUGGGUCAGUGUGUGCCACCCUUAAAUUGGUAAAAUAUUCUUUUGAGGAUAAAAAUUAUAAGGUUCAUGCCCACGAUAUAACCUGGAUCUGCCCCUGGUUUAUGUUCCACUUCAUCAACAUUUGCACUUACAAGUUUCUUAAAAAAAAUACACUUGGACAUUUUAAUUUGAAAAAUAAUUAUUUUAACAUGUUGCAGACUUUUAAAAUUAAGCAAUUGCAAACAUUUAGAAGGAUCAAUAUUUUAUAUAAAAAGUUGACAUACGUUUGUACAUGACAUGUACAUGAUCAAAUGAUGUACAUUGUGUUUGUAUUUCGUUAUGAUUUUAUCAUUUUUCAUAAUCCUUUUUAUUUUGGUUUAAUCAGUUACUUGUCAAUUAUAUAAUUACCUCCUCAAAAGAUGUUUCAUAUUUAUUUCUAUCCAGUGAUAUUAUGCUUCUUUGAAAACUAUGUUUCUUAUAUGAAAUGUAAGCCCCAAGUACAUGUACAUUAAGGAAUUUACUAUUUGAGAAAAAAAAAGAGUAGUCCCCCGUAAAAAACACUGUAGUUAUGAUCCAUUCAUCAGGUAAUCAUUAAUCACAGAAAGAAUUCCAUCCAUGUUACAAAAAUAAAUUUCUGUUUAUACCAAAAAUACUGACUGAAAUAAAAAAAAAAUACUAAAAAAUGAUAAUUAUAUAAAGCUAUUAUUUGUGUUCACUUCUUAAAAACCUACAAAUGCAUGUUAUUUAUUUGUUCCUAGUAACUGUAAGAUGCUGAAUAAAUAUGUAUAUGUAUGCUGUCAUAUAGAAUCGAAAAAUGUUAACAGGUAGAUUCCUUUAGAAAAAUACUACUACAUGUACAUCCCUUGUUAUUUUAUGUGCUAAUUUGCAGUUUUUUUUUAAAACACAAUCAAAAAUAAUUAAUAUUUGUACAAAUAAAUGAAAACAAAUACAUAUCAAAAUAUUUCACAUAUCAUCAAUUCCACACUAUCAAUCAUCGAAUAGAUGGUCUGAAAUUUGAGUCAUUUUUCACCCAAAAUGAAAAUUUUAAAAAACAUUAUUGUAUUAUAAUCAUUUAUUGAAGCAGCAUCCAUGGAUGCUUUAUCACUAGCAGUUAUUUAUUGUAUUUAUACAUGUACAUGUAGUUUGACAAAGGUGACAUUGAUAUAGCAGCCUGGUUUUUUCCCCAGGUGAUAUAACUGUAUGUUACAUAAAGUUAUUAUUAGUUAUUCCAAUUUUACAAAUCUGAUGAGAUUAUAAAAAAAAUCAGCAAAAUUGAGAGAAUUUUUAUUAUUUUUAGCUACAAGCUCAAGUGCAUAGACUACAACAAAAAUGACUAUUUAAUAUUCAUAUAUUUGAUGAACUCUUUGAUUGUGAAAUAUUUUCUUUUUGGUCCACACUCCACGGUCUUCCUUACAUGAAUUAAGUAAAAUCUAGCUAAAUAAAAGCAACAGUAGUAUACCUGUGAUCAAUCGUCAUAAAAUCAAUUAAGCAAAAACAAAUUUAGUAUUACAAAUCAAAAUCAAGGGAAACUUAUCAACUUUAAGAGAAAAACAACAGAACAACAUAUACACUGAACUGCAACAAAAACAAAUCCAACAUACACAGAAACUGGCUAUUUGAUAACAACUGCAAUGUUUCUGACUUGGUACAGGGCAUUUUAAGAAAAAUGUUUGGGCUGUAUAUAAACCUUGACCAAAUUAUAGAGGAUUUAUUUUAGAAGAAAACAAACCAUUUUCCUUGCAACUGACAUUUUGAAGUGAAAACAUCUGAACGAAAUACAUUGUAGUUUCUUUUUACACCC